AUGGUUCACUGUGCAGGCUGCAAAAGGCCGAUCUUGGACCGGUUUUUGUUGAAUGUACUGGACAGGGCUUGGCAUGUGAAGUGUGUUCAGUGCUGUGAAUGUAAAUGCAAUUUGACAGAGAAAUGCUUUUCGCGAGAAGGCAAGCUUUACUGCAAAAACGACUUCUUUCGGUGUUUCGGGACCAAGUGCGCGGGCUGUGCCCAGGGCAUCUCCCCCAGCGACCUGGUCCGCAGGGCGCGGAGCAAAGUGUUCCACUUGAACUGUUUUACGUGUAUGAUGUGUAACAAGCAACUCUCCACCGGCGAGGAGCUCUACAUCAUAGACGAGAACAAGUUUGUCUGCAAAGAAGAUUACCUAAAUAACAGCAAUACUGCCAAAGAAAACAGCCUGCAUUCAGCCACCACCGGCAGUGACCCCAGCCUGUCCCCCGACUCUCAAGACCCCUCCCAGGACGACGCCAAGGACUCGGAAAGCGCCAACGUGUCCGACAAAGAGACGGGGAGCAACGAAAACGACGACCAGAACCUGGGGGCCAAGCGGCGGGGACCCCGCACCACCAUCAAAGCCAAACAGCUAGAGACUCUGAAAGCCGCCUUCGCGGCCACCCCAAAACCCACCCGGCACAUCAGGGAGCAGCUGGCACAGGAGACCGGCCUCAACAUGCGGGUCAUCCAGGUGUGGUUCCAGAACCGGCGCUCCAAGGAGCGGCGGAUGAAGCAGCUGAGCGCGCUGGGAGCCCGGCGACACGCGUUCUUCCGCAGCCCGCGCAGGAUGCGGCCGCUCGUGGACCGGCUGGAGCCCGGCGAGCUCAUCCCCAACGGGCCCUUCUCCUUCUACGGAGAUUAUCAGAGCGAGUAUUACGGCCCUGGAAGCAAUUACGAUUUCUUCCCCCAAGGACCGCCUUCGUCCCAAGCUCAGACCCCCGUGGAUCUCCCGUUCGUGCCCUCCUCGGGGCCGUCAGGGACCCCGCUGGGGGCCAUGGACCACCCCCUGCCCGGACAUCACCCCUCGAGUGAGGCUCAGCGCUUCACUGACAUCAUGUCGCACCCUCCAGGAGACUCGCCCAGCCCCGAACCCAACCUGCCCGGGUCCUUGCACUCCAUGUCCGCGGAAGUUUUUGGCCCCAGUCCCCCAUUUUCAUCGAUAUCCGUCAACGGUGGUGCUAACUACGGCAAUCACUUGUCCCACCCUCCAGAGAUGAACGAAGCAGCUGUGUGGUAG